GAAGCGGUAUAACUGGACACGCACAUCGUAGAGUUUAAGAAUAGCUAACAUAAGCAAUGAAACUGCUGGUCGUGUUUUGUGCAUUCGUGGCUGGAGCUCUGGGGCAGAAUGGCCUACCAAUAAACACAGGAUGUUCCCCUACGACAUGUUUGGCAGUGUUCUGCAUGUCAGCCCAGAACUGUGACGGACGGGUAGAACCGCAUGGCGGCUUCUGCGGCUGUUGCCCAAUAUGUGUCAAGCAGCUAUCUGCCGGCGACGCGUGUGGCCCCGGCCAUGUUACCGUGGACAUUUACGCUCACGAGUGCGGCAAGGGUCUUCAGUGUGAUCCUUCCUCUCAUACCUGUGUCAAAAGCACAAGAAGCACUGGACCCUGUGCUCUGCGUCACCAGCAGUAUCUGGACAAGGAACAAACCCUUCUGGGAUCCUCUGAACCACUGUGCGAGACUGACGGUACUUACAAGCCCAAGCAGUGCAAAGGAGCUGGAUGCUACUGUGUCGAUUCUGACGGUAACGACCUCGGCUACUUCACCAACUACGGCGCUGGCACAGACAACAUGGACUGCACCUGUGCUCGGGACAAAGCCGCCUACUUGAAGACCGGACUUAUUGGCAAGCUCUUCUUCUGCGACAACAAAGGCAGCUACAGCAAGAAACAGUGCACGGGUUCUGUCUGUUUCUGCGCCGAUGUCAACGGCAAGAUGCUGAGCAACGGCCAAACUGUCAACAUCGGUGAAAUGGACAAGCUCCAGUGUUAGGGGUGACCCUCAUAUGUUGUGUUUCUAUGCGACAUUGACCUCUUUAUGCGAUGAAUAAA